GCGCUAUUCUGUUGGAAAGUCGUGGAAACACAAACUCUGCGCUCAGUCUCGGUGCAAGGACUCGGAGUUCCCCUCAGGACGGAGUCAUUUCCACGUCAUGUGUUUCAGGUAUUGCACUGGACGCUUCAAAGAUGCGCGCACUCCUCGGGCGUUUGGAGACUCCAAUUGGAUGGUUAUUCCGCGGCGCGCUGAAGUUAACGCAAACCUAAAGGGAUGAAAAUUCUCCUGUCAUCGUCGUCAGCGGGAAAAGGUUCACAUGAUGACUUCAGACCUGUUGCUGGUUCUCCAAAUGUCCUCGAUCUGACAAUGGUGACCUGCUUCAAUUCGUCUAGCUCCAACAGCACGACCGUGAGCUCGGAUGGGGCUCCGUUCCCCGGGUACACGAUGGUUAUCCUGGCGAUCCUCAUGAUAACUCUGGUGGUCGUGGUGGUGGUCGGGAACGCGCUGGUUAUUCUCGCGUUCGUCGUGGACAAGAGCCUCAGAAAUCAAUGCAAUUACUUCUUCCUUAAUUUGGCUAUAUCGGACUUCCUUGUCGGGGCUUUUUGCAUCCCGGUCUACAUGCCCUAUAUCUUGACAGGCAGGUGGAUGCUGGGCCGUGGACUCUGCAAGCUGUGGCUUGUGAUGGACUACUUAUUGUGCACGGCUUCCGUCUUCAAUAUCGUCUUAAUCAGCUACGAUCGCUUCCUGUCCGUUACCCGAGCUGUGAGGUACCGGGCCCAGCAAGGCGUCACUCGUCUGGCAGUGGUAAAGAUGUUGGCGGUAUGGGUUUUGGCGUUCCUCCUCUACGGACCGGCCAUCAUCUUCUGGGAACUGAUGGUGGGGGAAAGCAUCGUUCCCGAGGACGAAUGCUUCGCAGAGUUCUACUGCACCUGGUACUUCCUGCUCUCGGCGUCUACCUUCGAGUUCUUCUCGCCGUUCAUCUCCGUGGCCUUCUUCAACUUCAGCAUCUAUCUGAACAUCCAGCGGCGCAACCGGAGUCGCAUGGCGCACGUGGAGGCUGAGAAAGAGGACGGAUGGAGGGUCAUCGAUGGACAGGCCUCGUCGGUCUUCUUCGUCAAAACGCGCAAGGUCUCCUCCAGCGAGCCGGCAGCCGUUUCGGCCGUGAUCCAAGACGACGAGGAGGUUUCGCCAUCGUCCAGCGGCGAUCCCAGCAGCACCCACUCCGUCUCUUUGACAAUGAAGACCACUAUUAAAAAACGAGGGUUGUUCAGCGGUUGGGUAAGGACGCGCAUAAUCCGAGCACAGGAAGCUGCAAAUCCAUGCGCCCCCUGCAGAAGCGGAGGACAUGCACGACUCUCAAGAGAUAAGAAGAUUGCCAAAUCCUUGGCGGUCAUAGUGUGUGUUUUUGGGGUGUGUUGGGCGCCGUAUACUCUCCUUAUGAUCAUUCGGGCGGCCUGCAGCGGUAGCUGUGUGGAACAUCACUGGUACGAAGUCACAUUUUGGCUCCUUUGGCUCAACUCGGCCAUCAACCCUUUUCUCUACCCGCUUUGCCACAGCAGCUUUCGCCGGGCUUUCGCCAAGAUUUUGUGCCCCAAGCGGCAGUCUGUUCGACCGCACGAGGAAAGCCCUUCGUGCCAAUGACAAUCUGACAGCAACAGAAGGGAUUUAACAGCAAGGCACGAAAGCAAAAAUGAAAAAUCCUUGUCAUUACUUGAUGGAGUAGCAUGUUUUGUUCUUCUUCGAUGAAACUUCCAGACUUAAGAUUCUUUAACUGAUGGAUAUAAACAACAGUGCUGUUGUUAUUUGUCUAUCUCGUCUUGCGGUAACAUAGGAACGGAGUCGUUUCACUUGUUAGCUAAUGUAAGUUGCAUGUUUUGGAACAUCUGUGGUGAAAAGUGAUGCAGCUUGUGUUCAGAACAUAUUCAGUUGACAGCUUCACUCCUGUUUCAGCAUUAUUUAUUGACUGUUGUAUAUUCCACUCCAUUGACUCGCACGCUUCAGCGGAGAAGAGGUGAUGGCAUUACGACUCAAAACUACUACUAAAUACAUGAGCUUCACAGUCAGACUCUAAAAAAUCUAUAUCAGCCACUAUGGACAAGAUUGAAACUAAUAAUGUUUUUAAAUAGAGGUUUUGUGGAAAUUUCUGUGAAGUGUGAAUUAAGUUAUUGAUAUAUCAGUUCACAAUAAUGAACGAGUAUGCGAAAAUGUAUUUUUUUUGAAUCAUUUGAAGAUAUUUGCAGAUUGUCCAUUGUAUUUUUUUCGUAAGUCUUUAAUUUCCACAAGUUGAAAAUUCUUGUAUGAAAGAAUUUGAAUGUAGCAAAGGUGUCAUGUGGACUAUUUCUAUGGUGCUUUUCCAAUCCCUAUGAUUAAAAAGAGCUCUCUGGGCAUUCUGCAAUGUCUUCUUUUUGAGUUUCAUGGAGGAACAUAAGACAAGUAUUGAACACGUCACCAUUUUUCCAGGUAAAUAUAUUUCUAAAGGUCCUGCUGACAUGAAAUUUUCACCAGGUGUUGAUAACAACCCAAGCAAUCCAUACAUACUAAUAAAACAAAACAAAUCAUUUCAGAAAUUAAGUUACGUGUAAUAAAAUGCAAUGACACGGGGAAGAAGUAUUUGUAUUAUACUUUGUACAAAAGCCUUUGUUGGUAAUGACAGCUUCAAGACGUCUUCUGUAUGGAGAAACUAGUCGCAUACAUUGCUCACGUGUGAUUUUGGCCCCUUCUUCCACAGAUCUUGAAGGAUCUGUGGGAAUUUUCUAUAAACUCUGAUCUUUAGUUCUUAUUUUCAGUUGGAUUCAAGUCAGGUGAUUGACUGGGCCAUUCUAGCAGCUCCAAAAACAAUGACUGUUUGCUUUCGUCUGUUCGCCUUGAGGCGCAAGUAAUUUAUUAUAUAUAUAAAAAAAUACUAUAUUCAGUGGCUUCUAUUUUUCUUAGUAAUAUAUAUUGUCAGUUUAUCAGGAAGUUAUGAUUUUGUUCUCUGUGACUUGUUGGAUGGAAACGGUGUUUAUUUGCAAAUGUUUUAUGCCAUAUUCCAGUUUUCAUGCAUAAGUUAAAUUCGCAACUUUGGUCGGUGCCGAUAGCCUUGUGGUUAGCGGACGUCCCGAGUUCGAAUCCCAGCUUACGGCCCUUUCCCGAUCCCACCCCCUUCUCUCUCUCCCCCUUUGCUUCCUGUCCAACUACAUUGUCCUAUCUAAAUAAAGGCAUAAAAAUGUCAAAAAUAAAUCUUUAAAAAAAUAAAUCGCAACUUUGGAUGGAAACCUGGCUAUGGUUUUGAUGAAAUGUGCACCCUUUGUUUGAUCUUCAUCAUCCUGGUUCUGUAGGUGUUGGCACUGAACCCGCUAAUAUUAAUUUACACUGACGGGGGUGCAGGAUUGCUUUCUAAUUACUGACAGAAUUCAGCUGGUGUCUUGGCUUUCCAUGCCUUUUUGCACCUCCCUUUCUUUUCAUUUUAUUACACAUAACUUAAUUUAUGAACCUAUUUCUUUUGUUUUCUUUGUAUGUAUGGAUUACUUGGGUUGUUUCCGACAUCUGGUGAAAAUUUCAAGUCGACAGCAACUUAUAUAUUUAAUAUAUAAGGUGCCGUGUUUAAUACUUAUUUUACCUGCUGUAAGAGUGAGCAAGUGGUGAAACUUAAAAAUCUUAAUUUUUGGGGCAUAUUAUCUCUUUAAGGUGUGUAUUUUUCUUUCUUGACUAGAUUUGUGGUUACAAUGUCAUUGACAAUAGCUUUUUUACGAGUAGAACUAUACAACUUAGAAUGUUUAAAAACUUGUUUACAAUAAUUUCAAUGUUUUUUGGUGGUUUUUAUUGUUUGUUUUGUGUAUGCCAUGUUUUCAUCUUGGAGCAGUCAGACUGUGCAUUCAAUUUCAAAGUCAUGAAGAAACUUUAUAAAUUAUGUUCUUUAUGGAUUUAACCAAGUUAUCCAACUGAGGCCAGUUUGUUAUUUGUAGCUACGAUUCGGUACCUCCCAAGUUCUUUGAGAUUAAUUUUACUGCACAUGUGUUCAUAUCACUAAGGGCAAUGUGGAUAAUCUCCCAAAAGCUCUUGGAAAAAGUUUAACAAGGUCCAAAGGCAAGGUUUUCAUUUUCCCCCAGAACUUUUAUUUGAUGUUCAAACCAUAUUGGUUGAUAAUUAAAAAGCCCCAAAACACCUAGCAAUCAUGGUAAUAUUUUGCAUGCACCUUUAAAAAUCAGGUCUUAUCCCUGGAGCAGUCGCUACGCCUCCGCGGCUCUGGUCUGCUUUUUGCUUCAGUGAAUUAGUAAAUGGCUUUUUUUUUCCAGAUGGCUUUGAGAGCACUCCAUUUAUCAGUGCUGUUUGGAGCUCAAGUUAAUUAAACCCCAAUGACAAGCAUCCUCAUCAGAUCCUUGAAUCUGAAAAUCUAGAAUCUCUUAACCAGGUGAUGCUGUUGCGCUAUAUGGUGUCUGCGUAACGUGAACGAGGGGACGGACAUGGUUGUUUACAUGAUCAAUGGGUCGAGCAUUUAGAGAGCAGCGUUUGAAGUGACUUCUUGAUAUCUCCUACUUGACGUUUUAAGAAAAGAUGUGGUUUUCUUGCGUGUUCCUUUUGUAGUCGAGCAGCAAAUAGAAAAGCAGAAAAUUGACAUGGCAGUUGGAGAGUGGGAAUGUUGGUUUUAGAUUACUAGGCAUUGUGCAUAUGCACACAAUUCCACAAAAACUAUCAAAGGAAACUGCUGGGAACAGGUCAUACUAGCAUCGAAACGGAUCAGCGUGAACCUUCCCUCUGAGCGUCCCAUUGCCUACGGAUGAUAACCUCCCACGUAAAUGUGUGGAUGUCAGGCUGUCCUGAAUUUAUACGCCGCACAGAAAUAAAUUUGCGGCCAAACUCCUUUGAAGACGUUCCACUCAAUUGCGGAAGUCUGACUGACUCAAGCUGUUAGCAAGAACCAAGCUUAAGGGUUUAAAAUUACAAUGCAAUGUUGGGGACAAGUUUGAUUAGGGGCUUAUAUCAUCAUUUUCUGUAUGAUUAACGCCCUCACGACUAUAAGAAGUCAUUUACUUCACUGAAAAGACCAGCUUAGACCACCAUUCCUUUGGGGUUCAGACUGGUUUAUGCUAGUUUGGUGCUGGUCCAGCCAUGCUGAUCACUUGCAAAACUCAGCUGGUAAACAUCUACCAGCAUGGUCUUUCUGAUCAAUCUGAUUGACAAUGGUAAUUUUGUUGGCUAUGCUAAUUGAAAAUAAAGUCAUUUCUAGCUUAGUGGUUGGAUGUACUUGGUUAUCCAUUGGAUUUUGAUUUAGGUUAAUAUGUUUUUGACCAUGAUUUGCUGUUUGCAUGAACUUAGCUGGUAGCCUAACACAAUGUUUAUUGAAGCUGGUUGACCAUUUAAAGGUAUAGUUCACCCAAAAAUGAAAAAAUCUGUCAUUAAUUAGUCACCCUCAUGUCUUUCCAAACCUAUUAAAACCUUCGUUCAUCUUUGAAACACAAAUUAAGAUAUUUUUAAUUAAAUCCGAGGCACAGAAACGUAGUAAGGACAUCGAUAAAAUAGUCCGUGUGGCAUCCCUGUUUC